AUGCUAAUUCACGGCACAAUAUCACGUCAACGGGUCGCGUCGCGCCUUGUUUUCGCAAUCGCUCAGCGCUGGUCACACCUACAGUUCCAGAGCGACGUGAAAAAGAACCGCUCGAAAUUCGCGUUGGAGUCGAGCACAAGGAGUGUUGCUUACAAAUUAACGUUACCGGAUAUCCAAGACCGUGGCAACAGUGGAGAGCGCGGUGCGGCCGCGGGCGUUUAUAAAUUGAAGGGCUGCUACCUGCGGCUUAAUACGCCGCCGUUUCCGGUUCAUUUCCGGGCGGCGCGCGCGGCGCCGGAUAUUGCUUUUAAGGUUGCGCCGCACGCCAACGUCGGAACGCAACCCGCUGUACUGUCCGCUCCCCGCUCCGCUAUACGCCCCGCUGACAGACGCCACGAACCCCAAAUGCAUAUGCACCAC